UGCCCUGGAAGGACAGCAAGAAACCGUGUCUUUAAUGGCUUCGUUAGUGGCUUAUGACGAUUCGGACUCGGAAGCUGAGACUGAGCCUGCAGGAAGUUUUAAUGAUGCUGGCCAGAUGAAAGACACUUCUGGUGCGACCAAACCUCCUGGGCAGGACUUUUCAUCUGGUGUACUGGAUAUGACAAAAGAGGGGGCACAGCUCACAAAGCAUGGCUCUUGUGAAAACCCAGGGGGCCGUUGUCUCCCACUGGCUCGGCUUGGGAGAAUUGAUCCGGGAUCUUGCCCCAGCCAGAGGCUGCAGUGGCCCAGGAAGGAGCCUGAAGUCACCUUCCCCACCAGCAGGCCUUCUCGUUCUUCUCUGUGGACCACCCAGGCUCCAGCCAGCCACACGCCCCUGGCAGCUUCCCGCUUUAAGCAAGUAAAACUCCCCUGGCGUUCCCCCAAGUCAUCUUUCCAUGUUCAAAGUGAAUCUGAAACCACAGAUAAAAAUGGCAACUGUUUGCAGAAGAAAAGGUGUGAGGACUGUGUCAUACCAUAUACCCCGAAAAGACUAAGACAGCUGCAAGCAGUAAGCACAGAAACAGCCAAGAGUAAAGACGUGGAGCCACAGGGUCCACCUGCAAGCUGUGCCCCAGCCCCUCUCCGUAUGGCCCCUGUAGCGUCUGAUUUUAUUCAGCCAUAUUUGAGCAGUCAUUAUAAAGAAACCACAGUUCCUACGAAAGUGCUUUUCUACCUGAGAGGCCACAGGGGCCCUGUAAACAGCAUUCAGUGGUGUCCAGUCCGUUCUAAGAGCCACAUGCUUCUCUCAACUUCUAUGGAUAAAACCUUCAAGGUCUGGAAUGCCGUGGACUCGGGGCGCUGCUUGCAGACCUACUCCCUGCACAGCGAGGCAGUGCGGGCUGCCCGGUGGUCUCCUUGUGGCCGGCGCAUCCUCAGUGGUGGCUUCGACUUCGCGCUGCACCUAACAGACCUUGAAACAGGAACCCAGCUAUUUAGUGGCAAAAGUGACUUUAGAGUCACUGCCUUGAAAUUUCAUCCAAAAGACCACAGCAUUUUUUUAUGUGGAGGCUUCAGCUCCGAAAUGAAAGCCUGGGAUAUAAGGACCGGCAAGGUGGUGAGACGCUACAAGGCAACCAUCCAGCAGACCUUGGACAUCCUGUUCCUCGGGGAAGGCUGUGAGUUCCUGAGCAGCACAGACGCUUCCACCCGGGACUCUGCUGACCGCACCAUCAUUGCCUGGGAUUUCCGGACCUCUGCCAGAAUCUCUAAUCAGAUUUAUCAUGAGAGGUACACCUGCCCCAGCCUCGCCGCGCACCCGCAGGAGCCCGUGUUCCUGGCGCAGUCCAACGGCAACUACGUGGCCCUCUUCUCCGCCGUGUGGCCCUACCGGAUGAGCAGAAGGCGGCGCUACGCAGGGCACAAGGUGGAAGGCUACUCGGUGGGCUGCGAGUGCUCCCCGGGCGGAGAGCUGCUGGUGACGGGCAGCGCCGACGGCCGGGUCCUGAUAUACACCUUCCGCACGGCCAGCCGGGCGUGCACGCUGCAGGGGCACGCGGAGGCCUGCAUCGGCGCCACCUUCCACCCCGUGCUGCCCUCCGUCCUCGCCACCAGCUCCUGGGGAGGGGAGGUGAAGAUCUGGCACUGAGCUCUCAUCGCUCCUGAGCUUCGCCGUCGCCGAGCCUUCCGGACGCGGGCCUGGGCCCCUGCUUCCCUGCGGGAGGGCGCGAGUGAGCACUACUUGUGGCUUUGGGUCAGACCUGGGCAGAGGCUGUCUCCACUGUCCUCUGAGCCUCAGUUUCCUCCUCUGUAAAAUGAGGACAAGAAUCUGUUUGUUACAGGGUUGUGAGGACUGCGGCAGUGAAAGCCCCUGGCAGGUGGCCGGUGUUGCCCAAUAAACGUG